AUGCCUCCUCCCUAUGCAGGUCUGCCGGGAAAAAUUGAAUACAAGGGACGCGCAGAACACCCUGAGCGUUUGCUAUGGCCACCACGCUUCCGGCUGGAGACUUGCGGCUCCCAGUGUGCUCAGCCAGCCCUCCAGGCAAGACUUCAGCUGCUCUCUGGCAAGCCUGGUGAGGUGUUGAGCACAGCCAACCAGGCCAAGUGUCUCCAUGACCCCGACAACCUCAUUCGGCAACGCGUGCUCUGCGGUAAGAAAAUGGGGCCUGGAGACUUGGGCUUCAUCAGCGGCUCUGUUAUACUUGUCCUAAUGAUUUCAAGUUGGCAUCUAGACCUCACUUGA